AUGAAGGCUCUCCCCCACCAGAAUGAACUCUUCCUGCUUGCCAGUGGGGAGGGAGAGCAUUUGGCCAGCCAGAGCACGGCCACUGCCAGGAAGCACAGUGUCAUUCCAGCCUCCUGGCAGGCCCAACCUAAACUCCAGAAAAGCCGACAAAGGGACAAAGGAGUGGUUCCAGGGAAGACCUCUGGCCUGACUCGACAGCUCUGCAACCCACAGUCUUUGGCUGCUGCCCUGGGCCUGCCCUCUGCCUGUCCCUCUGUCUCAUGUGGCCAAGCCCCCCAAGCUGCCACAGCUCUGGUGGAUUUUCCCACUGCCCUCACCAUCCUGCCGAAGUGGCCAGUCCUCACGAAGUGCCAGCUACUGCUCCUGGAGUCCCUUAUGCAGCGGAAGAUUGCACACCUGAAGUGGGGCCUCCCCCAGCAGAUCCUAGAAUCCUACUUGCACUUUAACUUCUUAGCACCAUGCCCACUGCCCCUUGAGGGGGUGAGGCUCCCUGGGUUACACAAAGCCUGUGAGCUGCAGGGGAAGCAGGAAAGGCAUUGUGGGGCCCAGGGCCCCAGGCCAGGCCUUAAGUCCCCAGAGAGGUCCCAGAGCGUUCGGCGCCAAGAAAGGAAAAGCUCAAAACCUCCUACGCAGGCCAGAGCUCUGGAGAAGCGAAGACCACACCAGACAGAGCCAAUGGGCAUUUCUAUCCAUCCUGAAAAGCCUAAGAGAACACCUUCAGCUCCAAAAGGAGUCUGCACUCUGCUGCAGCAAGGCUGA